AUGUAUGCUUCACUUCUACCUCUUCUUGCCGCUCUGGCGGUUGCCUCGCCGGCCAACCUUCAGAUGACUCUGAAGCAGUCGCUUCACAUGGUCCCCCAGGGCUGGGAAGUCCACUCUGAUGCUCCCGCCGACCAAAAGAUCAACAUGCACAUCGGUCUCAAGGAGCAAAACAUGGAGCAGCUCCAGAAGCGCCUCUUGGAGAUGAGCACCCCUGACCACGCCGACUACGGCAAGCACAUGACCAAGGCGGAAAUCGAUGCCUUGACGUCCCCUACCAAAGAGACUGUGGAGUCGGUUGCCUCAUGGCUUUCUUCCCACGGCAUCGACGCUGGCGAAGUUUCCAACGGCCUAAUGCCCAUCACCAUCACGGUCUCUCAGGCUGAAAAGAUGCUUGGCACUAAGUACAAGGUCUACCACCACGCUGCCGAGGACAAGUAUACCAUCCGCACGACCGAGUACAGUCUCCCCCAAACCGUGCACUCCGAGGUCACCAUGAUCCAGCCCACCACCAUGUUCAGCGACAUGGGCAUGAUCAACCGUCAGCUCGUUGCUUCCAAGAAGACUGGCAGCAAGUUCGCCACGACUCCCAAGUCCAAGAGAGCCGGGUGCAGUGGUGGCUCCGUCACCCCGGCCUGCCUGCGAAACUUGUACAACAUCAACUACACUCCCUCCAGAAGCAACUCUCUUCUUGGUGUCUGCGGCUACCUCGGCGAAGUGGCCAGCCAGGACGAUCUGAGCGAUUUCCUGCAGGAGAACAACAUCAACAACGCCGGUGAUCUGUCGAUUGAGCUUGUCAACGGCGGUACCAACAACGGCUACGGCACCACCGAAGCUGAUCUCGAUAUUGAGUACACUGUUGGCCUGAGCGCUGGCAUCAACAACGUUUUCUACUCGACUGGCGGUAGCCCCCCGUGGAAGCCGGACUCUGGCAGCAACCCCAACAACAACACCAAUGAGCCCUACUUGGACUGGCUCAAUUAUAUGCUUGCCAAGUCGGACCUUCCCCAGACUGUCACCUCUUCCUACGGUGAUGACGAGCAAACUGUCCCCAAGGACUACGCCGACAACGUCUGCAACCUCUUCAUGAAGCUUGGCGCUCGUGGUGUCAGCUUCAUGGCCAGCUCUGGCGACGGUGGUGUUUCCGGUGGUCAGCCUACCAACUGCCAGGCCAAUGACGGAUCUGGCAAGCGAAAGUUCCUUCCCACCUUCCCCGCCAGUUGCCCGUGGGUUACCGCUGUCGGCGGCACUCAGGGUACUCCCGAGACGGCCGCUGGUCUCUCUUCCGGUGGCUUCUCCGAGUACUACCCCGUCCCCGACUACCAGUCCUCUGCCACCUCUGGCUACCUUUCCAAGAUUGGCAGCCAGUACUCUGGACUGUACAACCCCAAGGGACGUGGUAUUCCCGAUGUUGCCGCUCAGGCCGAGAACUUCCAGACUGUCAUCGCGGGCUACAACCAAUAUGUCAGCGGUACCAGCGCUGCCUCUCCCACAUUUGCUGCCGUCAUUGCUCUGCUCAACGAUUACCGCAUGUCUCAGGGCAAGGCUCCUCUGGGUUUCCUCAACCCCUGGCUGUACAGCAAGGCUGGCUCCGGCCUCAACGACAUUACCUCUGGUAGCAACCCUGGCUGCCAAACCAACGGCUUCUCGGCCUCCAAGGGCUGGGACCCCGUCACCGGUCUGGGCUCUCCCAACCUGGGCAAGCUCCAGAAGACUGUCUAA